AGAGAUGCUCAGUGCAGUUUGGAAGGUUUCCUGGUUCUAGCUCCAACAGAUAGAACACCAUGCAGUCUGUCUACCUAGCUGUUUGCCUUCUCUGCCUCAUCUGCUUCACUUCAGCUUGUUACAUUAACAACUGCCCUGUAGGAGGCAAGCGAUCGAUCAUGGACAUGGAGAUCAGACAGUGCUUGUCAUGUGGUCCUGGCAACAGCGGCCAUUGCUUUGGAGCCAGUAUUUGCUGUGGAGAGGGGUUUGGCUGCUACAUUGGAACCUCGGAGACCCUGAGGUGUCAGAAGGAAGAUUACCUGCUGUCUCCUUGUGAACCCAGUGGCAGAGCCUGCGGCAGCAACGGCGGGAAAUGUGCUUCAUCUGGAAUCUGCUGUACACAGGAGAGCUGUGCCAUGGAUUCCACGUGUGACACCAGGACCAUUUUCCCGUCCGAUUAAUGUGUACAUUCGGAGAAACACUGAUUACUGAUGCAAGACCCAAAACAAUGAAGCUUGAUGCCCACAUACAUUGAAUACAAUAAUCUUUUAAUGCAAAAUAGAGAGAAACGAUAAUUUGUAAAGAUUUUCAGACAUGUACAGUUGCUUUAGCUUAUUGCAAAAUAAUGUCAAAACUUGGAAAAACAGUUAAUAAAUAAAACACACCAACCUUUCA